GGAAUCUGGGAGGUUCGCCUGGCAGCAGCUGCCGAUACGCUGAGGGACACUGGCCGCCAUGGUCUCAGACGGUGAGGGCUGCGCUGGCGGGACCCGGACCCCUGGGCUGGGCAGAGUUUGCCCGGCCAGCAUCAACCAAAUGGAGUUUAUCUUAGGGGCUGGGUGGAACCUGUUUGAUCUUUAGAGAAGUAGCGAAUGCAUUCAUUCAUUUAGUAAAUAUUUUUGGAGCGCCUCUUGUAUUCCAGGCGUUUCUUUAUGCUCUGGGGUCGUAGCAGUUGUCCAUGCAUCCUUCAAGUGUUUUAAUCAGUAUAACAAUCUUGUGAGGGAGGCCGACCUGGUGUGGUCUCUGUCUACAAAUAAGGAGGUGGAGACCCAAAGAAAGAAAUUCACAGGGACAUUCCAUGUGUAUAGCUACACAUCUCUCCUGACAGAAGAUGAAUUGAAUCUUCUAGUAAUCAUAGUUGAUACCAACCCAAUUUGGUGGGGAAAGCAAGCAUUAAAAGAAUCUCAGUUUACUUUAUCAAAAUGCAUAGAUGCAGUGAUGGUGCUAGGAAAUUCUCAUUUAUUCAUGAAUCGCUCCAACAAACUUGCUGUCAUAGCAAGUCACAUUCAAGAAAGUCGAUUCUUAUAUCCUGGAAAGAAUGGCAGACUUGGAGACUUCUUUGGAGACCCUGGCAACCCUUCUUCUGAAUUUAAUCCCUCAGGAAGUAAAGAUGGAAAAUACGAGUUGUUGACAGCAGCAAAUGAUGUUAUUGCUGAAGAGAUCAAAGAUCUAAUGACCAAGAGUGACAUAGAGGGUCAACAUACAGAAACUCUGCUGGCGGGAUCCCUCGCCAAAGCUCUCUGCUACAUUCAUAGAAUGAACAAGGAGGUUAAAGAUAAUCAGGAAAUGAAAUCAAGGAUAUUGGUGAUUAAAGCUGCAGAAGACAGUGCGUUGCAGUAUAUGAACUUCAUGAAUGUCAUCUUUGCAGCACAGAAGCAGAAUAUUUUGAUUGAUGCCUGCGUUUUAGACUCCGAUUCAGGACUUCUGCAACAGGCUUGUGAUAUCACGGGGGGACUGUACUUGAAGGUGCCUCAGAUGCCCUCCCUCUUGCAGUAUUUACUGUGGGUUUUUCUUCCUGAUCAGGAUCAGAGAUCUCAGUUAAUCCUCCCACCCCCGAUUCAUGUUGACUAUCGGGCUGCUUGCUUUUGUCAUCGAAAUCUCAUUGAAAUUGGCUACGUCUGUUCUGUGUGCUUGUCAAUAUUCUGCAAUUUCAGCCCUAUCUGCACUACAUGCGAGACAGCCUUUAAGAUUUCUCUACCGCCUGUACUGAAGGCCAAGAAAAAGAAACUGAAAAUGUCCUCAUGAUAGUAAAAAUUUUUUCUCCAUCAUGUAGAGCUGUUAGUAGAUAUUGUGUGGCAGAAUCUUUGUUAGGAAGAUUCUGGGAAAAAAAAAAAAAAGUUGUGUGUAAGGUAAUUUUAAUGAACUUUACUAUAGGACAUAUUUAUAAAACAUCAUCCUUAUCCUGUGCUUCUAGGGGCCUGAUUUGAGGGAGUCAUUCUAUGCAAUAUAUCCUAAAAUCUCUUCUGACUGGUUUUUGUUCAGAAAGAGGGAAAAAGCACAAAUUUGUAAUUUUUUUUUCCUUCAGUGAGAUGACUGUCAAAGCUAGUCUGUCCUUACUGAUUGUAGGUGUCAAAACCUAUUACCCAAGUCUAGGUUCUUCCUGUGAAAUGUAUGAUGUGAAAUUUGAGCACAGUUUUGGAAAAAGUGACUAUUUAUGGAGGAGUGGUGUUAAUCAAGAUAGAACAGGUUACUUGAGUUAACAGUUAACUUCCACAAUAGUCAUCUAAAUAAAACCCUUAUCAUCUAGAUUGAGACUUAGCUGCAGAUACUAGCAGAUAUUUAUUCUUUUGUCUGACGGUAUAUGUUUGGACAAAUUUAUCCGAAUGUUAGUUUGUCAGUGAAUAACUCUAAAAUCUGAUUUAAUAUGAGUAAGGAGAGUGAGCACAGCGGUCUGAUAGCAACUUUCUUUAAAAGCAAUUGUGGGAAGAGCUUAUUUGUGAAAGCCAAUGUCUGGGUUCUGAGGGGGAAUUUCUUGGGGAGAAUGGCUUCUUUGCAGUUACAUGUUACCCCCCACAUAGAAUUCAUCCUUUUUUUUUGAUGGGGGUGAGGGGAAGCAUUGAUAUUAGAGAACUGUUCUCUAGAAGCUUUGGAUUUAAUACUGAAAAACUUAAGUUCAAAAGAAAAAUUAUUUGUAAUUUCAGUGAUAAAAAAACAUAUUUUUCGGAGUUCCUGUCAUGGCUCAGUGGUUAACGAAUCUGACUAGGAACCAUGAGGUUUCGGGUUUGAUCCCUAGCCUCGCUCAGUGGGUUAAGGAUCUGGCGUUGCUGAGAGCUGUGGUGUAGAUUGCAGACGUGACUCUGAUCUCACGUUGCUGUGGCUGUGGUGUAGGCCAGCAGCAACAGCUCCGAUUGGAUCCCUAGCCUGGGAUCCUCCAUAUGCCACGGGUGCAGCCCUAGAAAAAAAAGACAAAAAAAACAAAACCCAAAAAACAUAUUUUUCUAUGUAAGCUUGAAGUUACUAAAACUCCCUUUAAAUUCCAUCAUAAUGUAGGAAGGGUUUUCAUGAAUGAGCUGGUUUGAUUUUUUUUUUUUUUAAAUAUAUUGAGAUAAACCCAUUUGUGUAUACAACCUUGUAUACAGAUAAGAUUUUACUUUUCUCUUGAUACCCUUUCAGAAACUGAGUCUCAUUGAAGCAAUUGAUGUUUGGUUAGAUUAUUUCAGGUAAAGUUUGUAUUCUGGAUUUAUGAUUUUGUUAACAAAUACACACAAGAUUUUGGUGAUCACUUUUCAAAUAUUUAUUAACCCUGAGUUUGAGAAUCUGUCUCUUUAAAAUAACUUAGGAGUUCCCUGGUGGCUCAGCAGAUUAAGGAUCUGGCGUCGUCACCGCUGUGGCUCAGGUUAUUGCUUCGGUGAGGGUUCGAUUCCUGGCCCGGGAACUUCCGAGUGCCAUGGGCACGGCCGAAACAAAAAUAAAACCCUUAGGAGUUCCCGUCGUGGCGCAGUGGUUAACGAAUCUGACUAGGAACCAUGAGGUUGCGGGUUCGGUCCCUGCCCUUGCUCGGUGGGUUAACGAUCCGGUGUUGCCGUGAGCUGUGGUGUAGGUUGCAGACGCGGCUCGGAUCCCGAGUUGCUGUGGCUCUGGCGUAGGCCGGUAGCUACAGCUCCGAUUCAACCCCUAGCCUGGGAAUCUCCAUAUGCCUCGGGAGCGGCCCAAGAAAUAGCAACAACAACAACAACAACAACAACAAAAAGACAAAAGACAAAAAAAUAACAUAAAAUAAAACCCUUAGCCUAAGUGUAAUGGAGAUCAUUAUUUUAAGUCUAAAAAAUAAAGCAGCAUAUAUCUAAAAUAUGAAUAACCUCAAACAAGCUGAUAAGG